AUGAAUUCGCAACAGCCAAUGCAGUCCUUUCGCCCAUACCCACAGGCACAAAGAGCCCAGCCGGCCAGCCGCAGACCAGAGUUCUCUCAAUCUCUCGGAUCUGCUUACUCUCGAUAUCUGAGUCAAUCGUCUCCUGCCAAACUCAGGACCAUGGCCUCUUCUCAACUGCCUACACACCAGGCAGGCUGGAACCCGCCCAACCCUACAGUCGUGCCUGCUAAUCACUACCAACCUGAGCUCGGCACGAGUCAUCUAGCUGUGCCACACAGACCGCACUUCCCUAUGGACCCUGCCCAUGCCUAUAUGCAGAAUGUUGUGCCGCAGCAGCAAGCCCAGCUCUACCAGCAGCAGCGACCAGCCCCCCUGUCUUAUCCUUCCCAGCAGAUGAAUAACUACAUGCCCACUCCUACUCAUUUUGCGCAAACUCACUUACACCCAUCUCUAGGACAGGCGCCAGUAAAUCCGCAACAAUAUGCCGCCCAACAAGCACACCUCCAGCAGCAGAGACAGCAGCAACAACAGGCUGUUCUUGAACACCAACAUGCUCAACGUAGAGCGAAGAAACCCACGGACCGUAACAUGCCUGAUGGCAUCGAGGACAUCAUCAUUGGUGAUGGCGUGCAACAGUACAAAGAACUCAGAGAGCAAGAACGACGCUUAGACUAUGCGGUCAUGCGCAAGAGAUUGGAUCUACAAGACACCUUUCAUCGAAGCAACAAGCGACAGAAAACCCUCCGAGUAUGGAUAUCGAACACUGCCGACAACCAGCCGUGGCAGCGCAAUGGCUUGGAAGAGAAUGCCUUUGACUUUGACUCGGCUGGAGAAUCUACGGUAAGGGUGAAGAUCGAGGGUCGUCUGCUUGACGACCCGGAAGAUGAUAUUAUGGACAGCGAUGAUGAAGCCGAGGACGACCAAACCUCGAAACCGGAAAAGAAGAAUCCUCCGACCUACAAGAUGUCCCACUUCUUCAAGAACAUGACCGUGGAGUUCGACAAACACAGAAACAAUGUCCCUGACCCUGGUUGGCAAAUCGAGUGGAAGAAGCAACAGGGCACAAACGAUGUUGACCUGAUACAUUUCACGCGCAGAUGCGACGAGAACGUCAAUAUCAAUAUCAAACUUACUCGAGAUGAGGCUCCAGACCGCUACAAACUGUCCGAACCUCUAGCUAGCACUUUAGACAUGGCCGAGGGUGACCGCGCAGAAGUCGUCAUGGCAAUCUGGGAAUACAUCCGCUGCUUCAACCUGCAAGAAGACGAGGACAAGCGCAUCAUCAGAUGCGACGACCAGCUACGACAAGUUUUCAACAUGGAUCAAAUCCAUUUUCCACAAAUACCGGAACGAAUCAUGGCUCAUCUACUACCACUAGAUCCAGUCAAGCUACCAUACACCGUUCGUGUUGACCAAGAAUUUCUCAACAAUCCUGAACCAACUGUUUACGACAUCAAAGUCGUCGUGGAAGACCCAUUACGUGCGAGGGUUCUCGCCAUGCAUCAGAACCCAGAUCUACACGCUGGCCUCCGACAAAUUGCUCAAUUGGACGAGCAGCUUGCUGUCAUCGUCCAAGCACUACAACAUUCCAAGGCACGACAUACGUUCUUCAAGAGCAUGGCUAAGGACCCUGCUGGCUUUGUCAACAAGUGGAUGAAGAGUCAACGACGUGACUUAGAAGUCAUCCUUGGUGAGGCUACCAGAGGUGGUGGUGAGGAUGGUAGUGGUCCGGAAUUCGCGAGGGGUGGAAAGGAUGGGGUUUGGGGUAGUGAGUCUGUGACUGAGGCUGUUCGAUACAUGCUCGCUAAGCCGCAGGCUACCAAGGCGUAG